CAAGAGUCAUCCCAUGGACUGACUUCUUGUUGUCGAGCAAGAUGGAGUUCCUUUUGGGAAAUCCUUACAGUACCCCGGUGGGGCAUUGCAUUGAGAAAGCCACCGAUGGCUCCCUCCAAAGUGAAGACUGGACCCUGAACAUGGAAAUAUGUGACAUCAUCAAUGAAACAGAGGAUGGGCCCAAGGAUGCUAUUAGAGCAGUGAAGAAGAGGCUGAAUGGCAACAGGAACUAUAGGGAGGUGAUGCUGGCUCUCACGGUCCUGGAGACAUGUGUGAAGAACUGCGGCCAUCGUUUCCACGCGCUCGUCACCAGCAGGGACUUUAUCGAUGGCGUCCUUGUUAAAAUCAUCUCCCCUAAAAACAACCCUCCCACCAUUGUCCAAGACAAAGUUCUCGCCUUGAUUCAGGCGUGGGCUGACGCGUUCAGGAGUAGUCCAGACCUCACAGGCGUGGUCCACAUCUAUGAGGAGCUGAAGAGGAAAGGCAUCGAGUUCCCCAUGUCAGACCUGGAGACCCUGUCACCCAUACACACACCUCAACGGCUGGCAUCUGCCCCAGAGGGUGAUAGUGCUCUACACAAGUACACCACCCAGCCCCAGCCCCAGCCCACACAACACACUGUCCCCCCGGCCUACAGCACCCCGCAGGUCCCCAACAUCCACGCCUCUGGAUCCAUCAACCCAACACCUGAACAGAUCUGCCGGCUGCGCAGCGAGUUAGACAUUGUGCGUGGGAACACCAAGGUGAUGUCCGAGAUGCUGACUGAGAUGGUACCAGGACAGGAGGACCCUUCAGACCAUGAGCUGCUGCAGGAGCUGAAUAGGACUUGCAGAGCCAUGCAGCAGAGGAUAGUGGAGCUCAUCUCCUGCGUCUCCAACGAGGAGGUGACCGAGGAGCUGCUGCACGUCAACGACGACCUCAACAACAUUUUCCUACGCUACGAAAGGUAUGAGAGAUUUAGGUCUGGGAGGUCUUCUGCUCAGAGUGUCAACAAUGGGCUGAGGCAGGUCCUUAGCGAGGCUACAGAGGACAACCUCAUAGACCUCGGCCCGGGCUCCCCGGCGGUGGUCAGCAACAUGCCAAGUGCAGCUCCGACCAGCUUGCCCCCCGCCCUCACUGCCCCCGCAGGUCGACCCGCCUCCCCAGCCUCGCUGGCCUCACGCCUGGCUGGCCUCGAUGUGGGUGCAGACAGUGUGAGCGGCACCUUGAGCUCUCUGCCCAGCUGCAGGCCUCCUUCCGCCCAGGACGACUUCGACAUGUUCGCCCAAACCAGGACCGGAGCUCUGUCUGAACCACGCAAGACCACCUCAGCAGAAGACAGCCAUGCCGUCGGUGGCCUUCCUCCCACUCUGGAUGUACGGCAGCCGACUAUAGGAGGGGGUGUCGGCGGCCAGUCCUCUGUCAUGGAUGACAUAGAGGAGUGGCUGUGUACUGACGUGAAAGGAGACGAGGGCGAGGAAGGCGUGACAAGCGAAGAGUUCGACAAGUUCCUAGAGGAGCGGGCCAAAGCUGCAGAGAUGGCUCCCAGCCUACCAUCGCCACCCAAUGGCGACCCCGGGGCAGCGCAGGGAACCCCGAGCCGCAAGAAGCCAGAAAGACCAGAGGACACUCUCUUCGCCAUGUAGAGCUUUGACCUUUCACCCCUUAGCCCCGACCAGCCCGAGCAGUGACAUCCCGGGACGGACUGACUCGACACACACUCACACACACAUUCACCCUCAUUCGGAGUCCUCCAUCACCGCACCGCCAGCUUAACACUACAGAGAUUUUUUUUGUUUUUGUUUUGUGGUUUUGUCUCCGUUUAAAAGGGUAUCUUUCAUGUUGUCGGUUAAGUUCUCACCAGAGAAAGGGAAGACCCGACUAAUUGUUUAUUUUGAUGCACUACCAGAUGGCAGAUCUCACCCACACAGACCGGGGAGACAUCGAGGCUCCUUUGUGUGUGAAGGAUCUGCCUUUGUGGAUUUUCUCAGCCUCUUGUUGGACUGUAGAGAAACAACAGCAAAGCUUCACGUCCGUUAAUCCCGAUUAUACGAUAUAGAACUCAAUAGAGGUGCACUUUUGUUUUAGGGUAUCAGUGUCCUGCCCAGGCUCUCACUGCAUGUAUUAACACCAUCAUCCUUGACCGUUUCAGUUUGUUACCUCCAAACAGACCAAACACAAAUAGUAGGGAUUUGCUCUUAUUGUCGAUGAUAGGGAAAUUCCCGUCAGGCAGUAGCUCUGAGCAUUCCCUCAAGGAUAAAUAUUGUUUCAGUGUUUGUAUCGACCCCGGUGCAUUUGCUCCAUGUGAUUUAACAAAGUCAGUCUUGAUUGAGUCUUGGUUUUGUUGUAUAAUUGUAAAUGACAAAUGUCAAGUUUAUUAGUCUUGUGUAUAUUUAAGCACUCUGCGUACAGGGAGAUUUUUGAUUUAAAGUAGAUUGUGUAAAGGGCAUAGGAGCCUGCUUAUCUUUCCAGCUGCUGUCACAAAAAGGAAUUUACCUCACAGGGGUAGGCGUUCUCACAAGGAAAGGGAAUAGGAAGCAUUUGGAAAUUUUACAAUAGCUCAUUUAUAAGAAACGGUGAAUGCAUUGCCACGGGCAUGCAGUUUUCAAGCGACAGGCAAAAUGACAGAUCAUACAGUACAAGCAAAUGGGUUGGUUUACCCUCCGCAGAAUCUGCCUUUUCAUGUUGUAGUUUUCUUUUUGGACCGAGUGAAUUCGGGGUGUUGGAUGAUGAUUAGUUUGGUCACAGCAAAGUAAGAUUUGUUUUAUGCAGUUUUUAUUGCUAUUUGAGCUGUUUUGUAGGAAGUUGAUCUUUAUCAAAAACAGCAGUAGCACUAGUGCUAUUAUAAACCAUCUAAUUAUCCUUCUGCUGAACAGUACUGCUUAAUUUCUAUCUAUGAAAUCAUCUGUAUGCUGACAAUAGUUACAAAUUUUGUUCAUGUCAUGAAUUAAUGAUUAAAUUGACAGGAAAUGAAAUGUUGUGAGUUGAGGGCCAGUGAAAGUUGUUUUUUUUUUUUUUUUUUUUUAGGAGGGCUAGCUGAAGGGACACAUAACGUCAUUGGUAAAGUUUUAACUCCUGUUUGAGUAGAUUGCGCUGUAUGUUUUGUGUUGUACUGAAAUUUAAUUUGCAGGACCAAAUUUGUGCUUUUUUUUUUUUUCAGAUGUGAUAAAAAGGUCACAGAAUGAAUGGAUGGUAUUCUGGGUUGCUCCUACACAGUUGGUUCCCAGGCUUUUAGGUCUCGAAAUUCACAGCUUUGCCGUAUGAAUUGAGUAGUGACGUUAUGAAAGCUGUACUGCGCAUUAUUUUGGUGCAAUUCUCCUUUAUUUCUUUAUGCUGACAUCUUAAAAGGCCUGACCUUUCAAUACGACAUUUGUUUUCAGAAAUGAGCCGGCUGCAGACACAGAGCUACAAAUGAGACAUUUGCACUUGACAAUAAUAAAUGCAACCGUGUUACACAAUCACAACAAGCUUCGACACAGCCGCACACACUCGAUAGUGGCACUACCUUUCACCUCGUACUGUAGAUCAGAUCAGAGGAGCAUUUAACCAGUCAUAAACUGUAAUUAACAAGAAAUGCUGGGGAAAUAUUUGAGUAUAGAAGUAAUUUAUUCAGCAUUAUUUUUUUUUCCCUCAGAUCUCAGUAUUUUAAAAUCAUUUUAUUGUACAAAGGGAAUGAGAAUUAACUACUUUGUGGGACAGGAUGAGAAAUUGUCACCUUUUUUUGCUUUUGUUUAUGGAGUUCAGAUAUUUGUUUUUUCGUUUCCUACAUUGCUGCUGGCUAAUGUCUUAUGGUUUGUAAUAGUUUUGUGGAUAUUCUUGUUGAUUGAGUGCAUCACUACCGUAACUACAUGCUCAUAGUUUAUGCUGUGCAACAGAUCACAGAGCAGUUCAGCAGUCCACUCAGCAACAGAUAAUUUGUAGCUAUAAGAGAGAAUCCUAACAGUCGUGCCCUUUAUUUUAUGAGGGAAAUGUAUUUUUACCUAAUUCAUAUUAUAAGUUAAUGGACAGACUAGCACAUGACUAAGUAACAUAACAGACGUAAAUAACUUCUGAGACACUUUCUACGAAGCAGCAGCAUUGCACAUUUUGUGAAGGGGAAUUUUCUUUGUUAACGUUCCUUUGUUUUUGUGUUAAACGUGUGUGUGUGUGUGUGUGUGUGUGUGAGUGUGAGAAAGAGAGAGAGAGAGAGCCAUGCUGUGAGGCAAAAAACACGUUUCGAAUCUCAUUUGAAUGAAAAAGACGCUUCCAAAAUGUUUCAGCUGAGAGAAUAAAUGUUUUACCAUCCAUAAAGCUGCAGCUUAUUUUUCAGCGUGAGCUCUGAUGCUGGUUUGAAACCGAAUCUCCCAAACCUGUUUUCCACAGAGGAACAAUGGUUUUCUUUGUGAUUGGGUGAUAUAAAAAGGGAUGCUGAUAAGCAAGGCUGUGCUGUGUGACUGCUACUUUACUGAGUUUCCCCACCUCUCAUUUCUCUUUGUGUUGUUUGACUUAUGCAUGAACUCUAAUAAAACAUUAGCAGAGUGUGAUUCAC